GAAUACGGAAGUGGUGGCAGCGCCUGGGGAGCAGGCGGAGGCGGUGACCGCGACGUCUGAGACAGGACCGAGCGCCGGGGGGAGGGGGGACUUGAAGACAAUCACCCGCCUUAUAGGACCUACACGAGGUGCAGGAGUGGCUGAACCUCCCUUUCAACCUCAGCGAACACAGCGUGAUGGCGAUGGUGAUGGCGGCGCUUACUCGGACAGCUCCAGUUCUGCGCUCCGGGAGAUACAUCCAGAAAGUUCCCAGAAGAAAUUUCCUGCCGGAAAAACUGAAAAGGCAGUACUUAUAACACUGGACUUCGUGGAUAAUUUGAUAAAAUGGCAGAAAAUAUUGAAAAUAAUAGUAAAAAUAUAGAUGUGAGGCCCAAAACUAGUCGGAGUCGAAGUGCUGACAGGAAAGAUGGUUAUGUAUGGAGCGGAAAGAAGUUAUCUUGGUCAAAAAAGAGUGAGAGUUGUUCGGAUGUUGAAACAGUAGAUGCUAUAGAGAAAACGGAAAUUCCUUUAAGGAGUCAAGAAAGGAAGCACAGCUGUUCAUCGAUCGAGUUGGACUUAGAUCAUUCCUGUGGGCAUAGAUUUUUAGGCCGAUCUCUUAAACAGAAACUACAAGAUGCUGUGGGUCAGUGUUUUCCAAUUAAGAAUUGUAGUAGUCGACACUCUUCAGGACUUUCAUCUAAAAGAAAAAUUCAUAUCAGUGAACUCAUGUUAGAUAAGUGUCCUUUCCCACCUCGAUCAGAUUUAGCUUUUAGAUGGCAUUUUAUUAAACGACACACUGCUCCUAUAAGUCCCAAAUCAGAAGACUGGGUAAGCACAGACUUGUCUCACAGUGAGUUGAGGGAUGGGCAGCAAAGAAGAAACAUGGAAGAUGUAGACUCUUUCUCUCUUACCAGUGUUCAGCCCUGCGUCAUAACUACCAACAAUGCUUCGUGUAGAGGUGGUCCUAUGGCUGGCUCUAUGAUAAACCUGGUUUCAAAUAACAGUAUAGAAGAUAGUGACAUGGAUUCAGGUGAUGAAAUGAUAACACUUUGCACAAGUUCCAGAAAAAGAAACAAACCCAAAUGGGAACUUGAUGAUGAAAUCCUGCAGUUGGAAACGCCGCCGAAGUAUCACACCCAGAUUGAUUAUGUGCACUGUCUUGUGCCAGACCUCCUUCAAAUCAAUAACAAUCCGUGUUACUGGGGAGUCAUGGAUAAAUAUGCAGCCGAAGCUCUACUAGAAGGAAAACCAGAGGGAACCUUUUUACUUCGAGACUCAGCACAGGAAGACUACUUAUUCUCUGUUAGUUUUAGACGCUAUAGUCGUUCUCUUCAUGCUAGAAUUGAACAGUGGAAUCACAACUUUAGCUUUGAUGCACAUGAUCCUUGUGUCUUCCAUUCUCCUGACAUUACUGGUCUCCUAGAACAUUAUAAGGACCCAAGUGCCUGUAUGUUCUUCGAACCACUUUUAUCCACUCCUUUAAUUCGGACUUUCCCCUUUUCCUUGCAGCAUAUAUGCAGAACAGUUAUUUGUAACUGUACAACUUAUGAUGGCAUUGAUGCCCUUCCAAUUCCUUCUUCUAUGAAAUUAUACCUGAAGGAAUAUCACUAUAAAUCAAAAGUUAGAGUAAUGAGGAUUGAUGCACCAGAACAACAAUGCUAGGGGAAUGGGUAAGAACAUCUGAAUGAUUAUGUAUACGUUUUUAUUGAAUAUAUUAUGGUUCUUAUGCUGCCAUUUUGAUUUUUUUUUCCCUACAAAGGCAGUUGGAGUCCAAAAUAAACCUGCCCAAAGUCUCAUUUCCAGAUCAGCUCUUGUUUCUUAAGAUACACUAAUUGUUUAAGGCUAUACACUAGGGUUAAUGGAACUUUU